GAUUGCACUGUGCAUUGGGUACAAUAAAUAAUAUUCCAAUAUUUCCAAUCAUAAAUAUUAUUUCAUGGAUUUCCUCUUUUUUAACAAGUCUAAAUUAUGAUUAAUAAGACACCAGCAACCUAAUUUGUUUAGUAAUGUGAUUGAGAUCUCUUACAUAUUAAGAAAAUGAGUACAACGAACAAUGAAAUUUACGACCAACCCAAAAGGUUACGUUUUAAGUCAGUAACCAAUGUUCAGCAAUCUUCUAAUGAAAUAACUUCUACAGCAAUUGGAAAAGAUAUUAGAUGUAGAGAUGAGGAGAAAUCUGCCUCUCUUUUCGCUUUUUUACAUGUAGAGCUUACACGAGGCUAUUUACUUGAACAUGAUGAAGAAAGGUUUUCAGCAAGACGAGAAAAAGUGUAUUCUUUUAUAAAAAUCCCUCAAGAAUUAGAAAAAUUCAUGGCCUAUGGUUUCUUCCAGUGUGCAGAUUCUUUGUUAUUUGUUUACACAUUUCUUCCUCUAAGAUUCUUAAUAGCAUUUUGGUCAUUCUGUAAUAGGCUAUUUAGAAACUGUUUUGGAUUUUCUUCACACCAUUCUAAAAGUAUUUUGAAGCCAGCUGAAACUUGUGAUGUCUUAAAAGGAUUUAUUUUGUUAGUGUGCAGUAUAUUAAUGUGUUACAUAGACACAAAUAUGAUGUAUCAUCUAGUUAAAAGCCAGAGUGUUAUGAAAUUAUAUAUAUUUUACAACAUGCUGGAAGUUGGUGAUAGACUGUUCUCAGCUUUUGGCCAAGAUACAAUUGAUGCUUUGUUCUGGACAGCGACAGAACCAAGAGACAGAAGAAGGGAACAUUUAGGAGUUAUUCCCCAUUUAUUAUUUGCAAUGACCUAUGUUUUUUUACACAGUAUUUUGGUGCUAUUCCAGGCUACAACACUUAAUGUAGCGUUUAAUUCAAAUAACAAAAGUCUUCUGAUCAUUAUGAUGUCAAAUAAUUUUGUAGAGCUAAAAGGAAGUGUCUUCAAGAAAUUCGAUAAGAACAAUUUGUUUCAAGUGUCCUGCAGUGAUGUCCGAGAAAGAUUACAUCUUUCUGUACUUCUUUUCAUAGUAGUUUUACAAACCAUGAAGGAAUAUAUGUGGAAAGAGGAAAGGUUUUGGAUUCUGGCACCUGAUUGUAUACUUGUACUAACUUUUGAAGUUAUUAUUGAUUGGGUGAAACAUGCCUUUAUAACCAGAUUUAAUGAAAUUCCAUACGGAGUGUACAGGGAGUACACUGUCAGUUUGGCAUAUGAUGUAGCACAAACAAGACAAAAGUAUGCCUUUUCUGAUCAUUCUGACUUGGUCGCUAGAAGGAUGGGUUUCAUUCCAUUACCUCUAGGUGUUGUAAUAACACGAGUUUUGGUACACGCUGUCAAAGUUGAUGGGGAGUACACUGUCAGUUUGGCAUAUGAUGUAGCACAAACAAGACAAAAGUAUGCCUUUUCUGAUCAUUCUGACUUGGUCGCUAGAAGGAUGGGUUUCAUUCCAUUACCUCUAGGUGUUGUAAUAACACGAGUUUUGGUACACGCUGUCAAAGUUGAUGGGUGA